GAACCAAUUUGUUUUCAAAUCUUGCAAUUUCAGUUGGAUUAAAUUUUGAGGGUUUGAACAUUUGUCUAGGACCCCAUUCAAUUCAAGCUUCGGCAGCUAGUUGAGGAGAAAAGUUGUCAACUCUUGACAACUAAACUUCCUCACAGAACAUUUGUUUUCCAGAUCCACACUAGGCACAAUGAAGAAGGGAUCUGGCUGCAAAGGAAGCAUUGUGUGCCUGAUGGUAACAUUAUGUGUAGUGAUUGCACUUGUAUUGCUAGGAGUGAUCUUAGCAAUGACAGUGUUCAAACCUAGGCACCCUAUUACCAAUGUGGAUUCCGUAAGGCUUCAAAACAUGAGCUUGGACAUGGACAUAUUUAGCAUGAGUGUAAAUGUGAACUUGACAUUGGAAGUGGAUGUUUCUGUUAACAACCCUAAUAAGCUUGGAUUCAAUUACUACAAUAGCUAUGCUCAACUCAAUUAUAGAGGACAGUUGAUUGGGGAAGCCCCUAUACCCAAUGGACACAUAUUAGCUGAGGAGAUUAAGGGACUCAACUCGACACUAACUGUUAUGGCUGACCGUUUGGUCUCAAAUUCUGAGGUCACCAAGGAUGUUGCAUUGGGUUUAUUGCCCCUCAACAGCUUGGUGAGAAUUUUUGGCCAAGUCAACGUUUUAGGGUUUAUCAAAUUCUAUGUGGCUUCCACCUCAUCUUGUGAUUUCACCCUCAAUCUUUCCAAUAGAACAAUAGUGGACAAUAAGUGCCAAGAGAAGACAAAGAUUUCGGGUUGAUUUCUAUGUUAGGGUUGGAGAAGAGAGAAGAUUCAAAGAAAAGAAAAGUAACAAGGAAGGAGAGCCUGUUAUGUAGUCUUUCAACAUCAUUUCUUGUUUUUUCUAAAGUUCUCUCAAUUUGGAGGAUUUUAAACAUCCAAAGAAGGAAACAUGCAAGUAGCUAUCCCCUCA